CUGGGCGUCGAAAGAACCCGUACGGAGCUGAUACCUUUUCUGACGGACACAAUUUACGAUGAAGAUGAGGUAUUGCUUGCGCUCGCCGAUCAGUUGGGUAACUUCACGCCACUUGUUGGAGGACCGGAAUAUGUUCACUGUCUGUUGAAACCGUUGGAGACCUUGGCGGCUGUUGAAGAAACCGUUGUUAGGGAUAAAGCUGUGGAGUCGCUCCGUAUAAUCGCUGACAAACACUCACCUUCUGCUUUAGAGGAGCAUUUUAUCCCGGUUUUGAAGCGGUUGGCAACAGGUGACUGGUUUACAUCAAGAACCUCUGCAUGUGGUCUGUUUAGCGUCUGUUACAAUCGCGUUUCUCCGGCCAUUAAGAAUGAACUAAGAACCCUUUUUCGCAAUUUGUGUAAAGAUGAUACGCCAAUGGUUAGGCGAGCUGCAGCAUCGAAACUUGGAGAAUUUGCUAGGGUAAUUGAACCAGAUUUGUUGAAGCAAGAUUUGAUGAGCAUGUUCGUGGAUUUGGCUCAGGAUGAACAAGAUUCUGUUCGACUCUUGGCAGUAGAUGCAUGUGUCACCAUUGCAGAACUCCUAAAAGCAGAUUCACGAGAUAUGAUCAAGCCUAUCCUUAUGCAGUUGGCAGAAGACAAGUCUUGGAGAGUGCGAUACAUGGUAGCUGAUAAAUUCACUGAGUUGCAAAAAGCGGUCGGGCCAGAAAUAGCUCGCAAUGAACUCGUCACGGCAUUCAUCAGCUUGCUGAAAGACAUGGAGGCAGAGGUGCGUGCUGCAGCGGCAGGGAAAGUUUGCGAGUUUUGUGAAGCUCUUCCCCAGCCUGGCCGAGAUCAGCUGAUCCUGACUCAGAUCCUACCAUGUGUUAAAGAACUGGCAAGCGAUGCAAACCAGCAUGUCAAAACCGCUCUUGCUUCUGUAAUUAUGGGAUUAGCCCCAAUUCUAGGCCGAGAUGGCACCGUCGAGCAUCUCCUUCCACUGUAUUUGCUUCUUCUUAAAGACGAAACUGCCGAAGUUCGGCUAAACAUAAUCUCCUCGCUGGACAAGGUAAACGAAGUCAUAGGUGUGCAGCAACUGUCACAGAGUUUAUUACCAGCAAUCGUAGACCUGGCUGAGGAUGGAAAGUGGCGAGUUCGUCUUGCGAUCAUUGAGUACAUGCCUCUGCUUGCCGCUCAGCUAGGGCAGCAAUUUUUUGAAGAAAAACUGCUUGAUUAUUGUGUCAAAUGGCUGACCGAUCACGUAUUUGCCAUUAGAGAGGCGGCUACAAACAACCUGCGAAAACUUGUUGAAAAGUUCGGCGCUGAUUGGGCAGUGAGAACUGUAUUUCCGAAAGUUUUGAUGCUUGCAAGCCAAAACAACUACCUUCAACGGCUAACUUGCUUGUUUUGCAUAAAUGUCCUUGCUGAAGCUUGCGGGCAAUCAGUGACCGUGCAACAUUUGCUACCGACGAUUAUCAAACUUUCUGGCGAUUCAGUUCCGAACGUUCGUUUUAACGUAGCGAAAACUUUAGCAAUUAUAGGGCCCACUUUUGAUCAGAAAGCUCUCAACGUGGAUGUCAAGCCUAUACUAGCAAAGCUUUGUGGCGACGCUGACUUCGAUGUUAGGUACUUUGCAGACGAGGCGAAAAAAAGUAUUCUUCCACAGCGUUAUGUAAACACAUUCAGUAAAAUGUAA